UGCCUGGCUGCCUCGUGCCGCAUCGGCCGAUAGCCCAAUGGUGAGGAUGGUUAGGUAAGUUGCCAUGGAAUGACGCUAUGAGUCGUCGCCGCGGGCAUCCGCCUAUUAAAAUGCCGCAGGCACUCUUCCCCCAAGGUUGUUCACAUCACUCUCAUCACCGUUGCAACAACUACAACUCCCUCCACAACUUCAACUACCUCAACCCCCACCAACAACUACACAACAAUCAAAAUGGUCAAGGCCGUUGCUGUUCUCAAGGGCGACUCCAAGGUCACCGGCGUCAUCACCUUCACCCAGGCUGCCGAGGGCGGACCCGUCACGGUCGAGGGCAAGAUUGAGGGCCUCGACGCCAACGCCGACCGCGGCUUCCACAUCCACGAGUUUGGAGACAACUCGAACGGCUGCACUUCCGCCGGCGGCCACUUCAACCCCCACGGCAAGAACCACGGUGGCCCCACCGCCGCCGACCGCCACGUCGGUGACCUCGGCAACGUCAAGACUGACGCUUCGGGCACUGCCAACAUCAAGCUCCAGGACGCCCAGAUCUCGCUCAUCGGCGCCUACUCGAUCCUCGGCCGCUCGGUCGUUGUCCACGCCGGCGUCGACGACCUCGGCCUCGGCGGCCACGCCGACUCGCUCAAGACUGGCAACGCCGGUGGCCGUGCCGCCUGCGGUGUCAUUGGCAUUGCCGCCUAAGUGUGUUGAUCGUCGUCGUUUGACGUUGGUAUAGCAAAGUAGCAACAAAAUGGAUGUAGCGGGUCGUUGUCGUCGUCGUCGGGGAGGUCGUCGACGUCGUCGUCGCAGGUGUCGCUUUGGUCGAUGCGCGCUAAGUCGGGCCCAUCACGUCAUCGGCACGCCGGGAGCAUUUUCGGGUCGGAAUGCAGGGCGAGGGCGAGUGGCAGUUGGGAUGCUGGGUCGGCGGCCUGCACGCCGAGUCAAGCGACACUGUGCUUGUCAUCCGACUCGUCGAGCAAGACGAAUGCAGCAGAGAGAUAUGGCCCGAAAGCAUAUUGACGUUGUCGACACCACUGGCGACGCAGCCGAGCGCCGUCGGGCCAAAGCGCCGGGCGAGGGUUGUGGUUAAUCAAGUUGGCCCGUGGGCUCGAGCACAACAGCGACAACCGCCGCGAGGAGUGGUGGCGCUGCGGCAACUCCAGACGGAGUGAGUGAGUAUAUGGCUGAUGAGCCUGCCAGGUGGUCUAUGCAAGUGGUGGAGGGGUUGAGG